GAAGUGCAAGGAAGAAGUGUGAAAACAGAGAACUGAUUCCACCACUACGUGUUGAAAGUCCACUAAGGUCAUUACGUACUUCUUCUUCCCCAAGACUAAUCGUUGUCCCUAAAUUAGAAGUUGACAUGAUCUACCUAUUUAUUUCCCUCGUUGUUUCAAACAAUUACCAAAUGCCACACUGCAUCAUUUGGGGAGUGGCAGUCUGGAUAAUUUCUCCUUGAGCAAGGUUAACCUUGAAGAGGUUUGGAGAUUUGGGUUUCCCUGCAUGUGAACUUGUCUCCAUCAACAAGAACAAGUCUAAAUAAAAUACAAAUGGUCAAUCAAACACUGCAUAAUUCCAUGUUUUAGUCUUUGUCUCACGCGUGACACAUUAAUUUUUUCUUGUAUAUAAUUCAUCCCUCGAUCCCUCGAUCCCUCAUAUUCUAAUUUCCAAUUACUCCAAUAUUCUGAGCUCUCUUUUCAACUCGUCGGAGUUUAUAGCUUCAGCGGUUGAACACUCCUCGGAGUUCGACCCCUAUUUCCAGCCGUUUGUUUAGAAAUUUGAGCAGGAGGCAACCAUGGCGCUAUUGUACACCCAUCUUCCGGCCACUCAAGCCGCUGCCCAUGGAACCCGGUUUUCCCUAAUCCAAGCUAGCCAUCAUCAAGAAGCUGUUCUUGAUCAUCCCCAUCAAACCAGGACAUCAAACAAAGCCAACCGUCUAGCUGAAUCCCUAGCCAACCUCCUUCACCUCCACAUAGAUACUCCUCAAAGAACCAACAUUCACCCUGCUAAUUGGAAUAUGAUCACAGAAGAGAACCAUUCAACUCCUACUACUUCUCCGAAAGACAUCAUAUCCGAAAAAUGGCGCGAAAUCCACGGGUCAAAUGAUUGGGAGGGUCUUUUGGACCCUCUCCACCCUUGGCUGAGAAGAGAGAUUGUCAAAUAUGGUGAGUUUGCACAAGCAACGUAUGACGCUUUCGAUUUCGAUUCCUUCUCCGAGUACUGCGGGAGCUGCAGGUACAACAAAAGCAAGCUCUUUGAUGUGUUGGGUUUAGACAAAAAUGGCUACAAUGUUAGCAAGUACAUUUAUGCAAUGUCACACAUCGACAUGCCGCAGUGGCUGGAGAGGUCACACUUGGCUGACACAUGGAGCAAGCAUUCCAACUGGAUGGGGUAUGUUGCCGUGAGCGAUGAUGAGGAGACUAGGAGGAUUGGGAGGAGGGACAUAGUGGUGGCGUGGCGGGGGACCGUGGUGCCAUCGGAGUGGUAUGAGGAUAUGCAAAGGAAAUUGGAGCCAAUUGGAGGUGGAGAUGCCAAAGUGGAACAUGGGUUCCAUGGGAUUUACACUGCCAAGAGUGACACCACAAGGUACAACAGGUCUAGUGCAUCAGAGCAAGUCAUGAAAGAAGUGACUAGGCUUGUGGAGUUGUACCAAGCAAAAGGUGAAGAAGUGAGCCUUACAAUCACAGGGCAUAGCUUGGGAGGUGCAUUGGCUUUGCUCAAUGCCUACGAAGCUGCCGAAAAACUCCCUGGCCUUCCGAUAAGCGUAAUUUCCUUUGGCGCCCCCAGGGUUGGAAACAUUGCCUUCAAGGAAGAGCUACACCAAAUGGGAGUCAAUACAUUGAGGGUUGUGGUUAAACAAGACAUGGUUCCGAAAAUGCCGGGGCUUGUUUUGAAUGAGAGUCUUAAGAAGUUUGAUGACAUUACGGGCACAUUGGAUUGGGUUUACACACAUGUUGGGGCUGAAUUGAAGCUCGAAGUUGGUUUUUCGCCUUAUCUCAAGCGUGGCGGGUUCAAUCUGCAAGGGUUUCAUAGCCUCGAGACCUACCUCCAUCUUGUGGAUGGGUUUUUUAGUACAGACACUACUUUUAGGUCAAAUGCUAGGAGGGAUAUUGCCUUGGUGAACAAGGGAUGUGACAUGUUGGUGGAUGAUCUUAGAAUUCCGCAAUGCUGGUACCAAUUGCCACACAAGGGGUUAGUAAGAAACGCUCAUGGGAGAUGGGUUAAACCGAAACGAGACCCUGAAGACAUACCUUCACCUACAAGAGAAGCACAAGCGCAAGCUCAUGCUCUUCAAUUAGAGAUGAUGCAACCAUCAUCAGAUUAUAUACUUGAAUCUUUAUGUAGUGCUUAAUUAACAUGUAAAUUUUGACAGUUGAUUAAGAACUUGAAUGUUUGGCCUACUUGUUUA